AUGCUCGACAUACUGAUGUUCACGCUCGAAACUCAUAUCCUCCUCGACAUUCGCGAUGUCGAAAGAAUUGAAAAGAUUGUCGCUGACUUACCACCCUUGGAUAUGGACAAGCACCCAGGAGCAGACCGCGAAAAUAUCACUCAAUUGGUGACUGAUCUGCAAAACACCCUCAAAGGUGCCAUCAAACUUCUUGAUGCCGCCCAUUGGAUGCAGAGAACGGCGGCCAUGUUACUUGAAUUCGGUCAACAGCUGGAUGAAAUAACUCCCGAUGGCGCGCCCGGGAUCAAACGAGAAUGGGCUGAGAUCAAGGAUUUUCUGCAAGAUUUGGAGAGGGUGACAGCAUAUCUUGAACCCCGACCCCGUUAUGACGCAGCAACGAUGCCAAUCCCAAAUUCAUAUUGUGGCAAAAUGGCACAAGAAGACAACGUGUCAGCGUCACGCAUGGCAGUUUCUGCCACCAGAGACAGCUCUUCGAUGAAGGUCCUCGCUGUUAUCACAGCCCUUUUCCUUCCAGGCUCGUACAUCGCCACUCUCUCCGGCAUGUCGAUGUUUGAUUGGCAAAGAGGUGGCGACUCAUCGAACACGACCGGCUCCAAUGGAACGUCCACCGAUGCCAGGCCCGGGGAUGAUAUUGUCAUGCCAUACAUCUGGAUAUACUGGGUCAUCACAAUUAUCCUUACAUUCAUCGUCAUGAUCAGUUGGCGCAUCUGGUUUACGACUCAGGACCGCAAAUUUAAGAAAGAACUACCGAGACUUGUCGAACCUGGAUCGGCAGGCAAGAAGAAUCAGCCCCGGAGAUUCUGGAAAGAGUUCCUGGGUAUCAAAUGA